AUGAAAAUUAGUUUUUGCCUAAGUAGUGUUUCUUUUAUUUGCACGAUUUAUGCAGGAGUUGAAGUUAAAGCUGGAGAAUCACUGAAGGUUCAACCUGAUUUUGGCAAAUUGAUUCAUAUUUCACAGGCAGCACUAGGAGAGGCACACAAGGAUCAGUGGAAGAAUUACGAAAGUCCACUUGAUGAGCAAGAAUAUGCUAGUGAGGUUAAGUAUGAUGUUGGCAUUGAACCUUCUGGAGAAGAGCUUAAUGAUCUCUCAAAAGCUCUUAACAAACUCUGGGAACUUGACUUAAACCGCUUGGUACCUGGCAAGGACUAUCAGAUUGAUUGUGGUGAAGGGAAGAAGGUUUAG